AAGUUGGAAACCUAGAAGCGCAGGGAAGAGAAACCAAUGGGCGGCCGAGUCCUACUUUAUAUAUACCCGUUUUUCGAGUUCAGAGUCUCUUAGAUAACCUUAUUUUCUCUCCAGCCAAACACCCCCAGCGAAACCCUCUAAACUCGAUCCCUCUAGCGUUUCCCUUCACCAUGGACUCGGAGGACGACACGUAUCAAAGCAGCGGUGCCGAGGAGACGCCCUCGGACUACUACAACAGCGACGAAGACUAUGACUACUGCAACAAAAUGGCCGCCGAGGACGAUGACGCCGACCCUCGUGAACCAGAGCAAAACUACGAAAUCUUGACGGAACCCAUCAUACGGCGGCGUCAGGAGAAUGAAAUCACGAAGGUAUCCACCGUCCUGGCGAUAUCGAAAGCCGCCGCAACGGUGCUGCUUCUCCAGUACGACUGGAGGGCUCCUGAAGUCCAGGACGCGUGGUUUGCCGAUGAAGAAAGGGUGAGAAAAUCCACCGGCUUGAUCGAGAAACCAGUCGUUCAGUUGCCGGAGAACACUAGAAAACUUGAGUGCAGAAUCUGCUUGGAAACCCGCUCUGUUCGGGUAAUGAGAUGGGCGGCUUGCGGGCAUCCCUUUUGCGCUGAAUGCUGGGGAAACUACAUAAAUUCAUCCGUUCAGGACGGCCCUGGCUGCCUGAUGCUGACAUGUCCCGCUCCGUCUUGCGGCGCUGCGGUGAGGCAGGACAUGGUUGAGUCAUUGGCGACGUCGGAGGAGGAUAAAGAGAGGUACUCACGGUACCUCAUGAGGUCUUUUAUCGAGAACAAUAAGAAAAGCAAGUGGUGUCCGGCGCCGGAUUGCGAGUACGCCGUGGAGUUUUUCGGUCAAGGCACCCGAGACUAUGAUGUUCGCUGUCUUUGCUCUACCGGGUUUUGCUGGAAUUGUCUGGAGGAUGCUCAUCGUCCGGUGGAUUGUACGACUGUGGCCAAGUGGGUUUUGAAGAAUAGUUCUGAAGCUGAGAACGUGACAUGGAUACUUGCGAAAACGAAGCCAUGUCCCAAAUGCAAGCGACCCAUUGAGAAGAGAGAUGGGUGCAUGCACAUGACGUGCGGCAGGCCCUGUAGACAUGAGUUCUGCUGGCUGUGCCUUGGUUCCUGGGAUAAACAUACAAGUGGACAAUAUGAUUGUAACACUUACAAGAAUAGUAGUGUGAUGAAGGAGUUUGACAGUACAAGAGCGAGGGCCAAGAUAUCUUUGGACAGGUAUAAUCAUUACUAUGAAAGAUGGGCAGGUAAUGAGUCGUCAAGGAAACAAGCAGUUAACGAUUUGCAUGAAACGCAAACAGGGUCCAUGGAGAAACUUGAAGAGUUAAUGGGGGAAACUUAUUCUCGGCUCGACUUCAUUACACAGGCGUGGCUGCAGAUAAUCGAAUGUAGGCGAGUGCUCAAGUGGACCUAUGCAUAUGGGUACUACCUACCAGAGCAUGAGAAGCUUAAGAAGGCUUUCUUUGAGUACUUGCAAGGUGAGGCAGAGUCUGGUUUGGAAAACCUUCACCAUUCCGCAGAGAAUGAUAUGAAAGAGUUCCUGAAAGAAAAGAGAUCAGCUGAAAAAUUCAACGACUUCCGUAUAAAGCUUACUCGGCUGACCGCGGUGACAAGGACCUAUUUUGAGAAUCUGGUUAAGGCGUUGGAGAAUGGCCUGGAAGAUGUCUACCCUCAGGAGGCUUGCAGCAAGGUGAAGGCCAAAGAAGAGCCGCAGAUCGAGAAAACUUCUUGAACCAGCUGACGUUCCAGAAGCUCGAGAGGCACAGGUUUACAAUCUCCAUAAUGGUCUUGUGAUGAGCACUUUACCUCUAUGUCGAUGCCAAAUCUGUCAACGAAUGUUAUUGCUACGAAGAAUGUUACAAUUCUGGAAUCAAACAUACCACUAGAAAAUUUAAGCAGAGUAAUGCUACAUAUCACCCUCGUCUUCCUUUUGUCUCCCAAAAUUGAUGUGGCUCUUUAAAUCACCAUUGAAUCAAAAUUCAAUAGUGAUAUAUCAUAAAUCUAAUGGUGAUUUUAAGAACCACAUCAAUUUUGAGGGACAAAAGGAGAACAAGAAGAUGAUAUGUAACAUUACUCACUUCGUAGACUUUUUUCUGCACAGGAAGAUUUUGGAUUUAUGUUAAGUAUUUAUUUUUCGUUUUUGUAAGUAAAAAGGUAGCGGGAGAGACCAACCGCAGCUAUGGGGACUAAACCUAGUCAAUGGAAUGAAUUUCAGACCUCCUCUUUCGUCAUGUACAUGUACAUAUAUAAAUAUAAGAUCGAAUCUGUGCGCUUGAAGCUAUAACCAA